CUAUUCUAUGGGAACCCGGGCAUUUUCCCAUGACAGUAUUUUUAUCCCUGAUGGGGGAGCAGAAAGUGAGCAGACAGUUCAAGCAAUGUCACAGGACAGCAUCCUGGGCAAAGUCAAAACUCUUCAGCAACAGUUGGGCAAGAAUAUCAAGUUUGGGCAGCGGCCACCCAAUGCCAUUCCCAUGAAGAAGGCAAACAGUGGAGAGGCUAGCUUAGAAGAGGAUCCGUUCCUGACCAGUCCCAUGGAAAUUGUGACUCAGCAGGACAUCAUCCUCUCAGAUCCCGAGAACAAGUCCAGUGAUACGCCAAGUUCUCUAAGUCCUCUGAAUCUCCCUGGAGCUGGAAGUGAGAUGGAAGAGAAGUUUGCUCCCGUUAAACCGUCUCGGCCAAAAAGGCACUUCUCUUCUGCUGGCACCAUCGAAAGUGUCAACUUAGAUGCCAUUCCCCUGGCCAUUGCUCGCCUGGACAACAGUGCCGCCAAGCACAAGCUGGCUGUUAAGCCAAAAAAACAGAGGGUGUCAAAGAAGCACAGGUACCUUGCCCAGGAUCCACAACAUGAGCAAGGCGGCCUUGAGAGUCGGCCCUCCCUGGACCAGAACGGACACCCAGGCGAGGAGAAGCCAACGUGGCAGGAAGAGGAACCCAAUCCGCUGGAUUCCGAGGAAGAGAGAAGACGCCAAGAAGACUACUGGCGAGAAUUGGAGGCCAAGUGCAAGCGGCAAAAGGAGGAAGCAGCCGAGAAGAAACGCCUAGAGGACCAGAGGCUGCAGGCGCUGGAGAGGAGGCUUUGGGAAGAGAACAGAAGGCAGGAGCUCUUGGAGGAGGAGGGCGAGGGGCAGGAGCCGCCUCUAGAGGCGGAAAGGGCGCCGCGGGAAGAGCAGCGGCAGAGCGUGGAAGCGCCAGGCUGGGAGGACGCCAAGCGGAGGGAGUGGGAGGAGCGCGAGCGCCUGGAGGCCGAGGAGGAGCGGAGGCGUCUGCAGGCCCAGGCCCAGGCCCAGGCGGAGGAGAGGCGGCGGCUGGAGGAGGAUGCCAGGCUGAAGGAGCGGAGGCGGCAGGAGGAGGAGGAAGGAAGAUGCGCGGAGGAGCUCAGAAGGCAGGAGGAAGAGGAGGGAUGGGAAGAGCUGGAACAGCAGGAGGAGGCGGAGGCGCAGGGGCCGCACGAUGCGGCGGAGGAGGUUGGGGAGGCCCUGCGGGGCCCGGAGGAGGAUCUGGAGGGAGACGAGGAGGAUCUGGAGGGAGAGGAGGAGGAGGGCCAGGCGCACCUGGAGGAAGCGGGGGUCCAGCUGAGCGAGCUUCUGAACGACUUUGAGGAGAGGCCAGAGGAACAGGAACGCCUGAAAGCCGAAGUUUGCAAGGAGCAGAACCCAGAGGCCGAGCGGGGAAAAAAGCAGCAGGGAAGGAGCGGGGAUUUCCAGGAGGCCGAUCGUCCUGGGCCCGAGGAAAAGAGAGAAGGGGACACGGAGCCUCUCCGGAAACAAGAGGGGCCCGUGGAAGCUGCGCAGCCUCCAGUGGAGAGGAAAGAAGCCGCCGCCCCUGAACAAGGCCACAAGGUGGAGGAGCUGCGGUGGCAGGAGGUGGACGAGAGGCAGACCAUGCCCCGGCCCUACACGUUCCAGGUGUCCUCCGGGGGGAAGCAGAUUCUCUUUCCCAAAGUCAACCUGAGCCCCGUGACGCCCGCAAAGGACAAGGGGCUCACCGCUGCCCCCCAGGAACCAAAGGCCCCCAAAGCCAGCCCAGCCCAGCACGCGCUACCCUCGUCCCAGAGCGUACCCCACACCGCCAUUCUGGUAACGGGCGCGCAGCUCUGCAGCCCGGCCGUCAACCUGAGCCAGAUCAAGGACACCGCGUGCAAGUCCCUCCUGGGCUUGGAGGAGAAGAAGCACGCGGACAUCCCCGCUGGGGAGAACCCUCCCCGAGGCCCCGGCGAGGCGCGGGCGGGCAGCGGGAAGGCUAAGCACCCCCAGGAGUCUCCCAGCGGCGCGUCCGCACUCGCAGAAUGGGCUUCCAUUCGGUCCAGAAUCCUGAAGAAUGCUGAGAGUGACCCGCGCAGCAGCGAGAGGGACCAGUCGAGGCCUGGCGAUGAGUCCACUCCCAGGGGCCGGUGUGAUUCCCGCGGAAACCUCCGGAAGACUCCGCCAGUCAAUGCAAAGUUCUCUAUUAUGCCUGCCUGGCAGAAAUUCUCCGAUGGUGGCACGGAGACCUCCAAACAGAACGCGGAAGCUGAAAGCAUACGAAAAAGACCCAUGCUGGUACCCAGCGAAGAGACAGCCCCCCAGCCUCCUCCUAUCGGUGUUCGCGAGCUCGGGAAGGGUCCGGAGAAGUCGGAGAUGCACCGGGAGCCAGCAGACACCACCGAGGGAUGUAAAUUUGCCAAAGACCUCCCGUCUUUCCUUGUCCCAAGCCUUCCUUAUCCUCCGCAGAAAGUGGUGGCCCACACAGAGUCCACGACCUCUUCGGACAGUGAGACUGCAAACGGGAUAGCAAAGCCAGACCCUGUGAUGCCAGGUGGGGAGGAAAAAACCUCACCGUUUGGAAUAAAAUUGAGAAGGACCAACUAUUCCUUGCGCUUCACCUGCGACCAACAGGCAGAACAGAAGAAGAAGAAGAGGCACAGCAGCACCGGAGACAGCGCAGAUGCCGGGCCGCCUGCAGCGGGGAGCACUCGUGGAGAGAAAGAGCUGGAGGGUGUGGCCCUCAAGCAUGGUCCAUCCCUCCCCCAAGAACGGAAGCAAGCCCCCUCUACCCGGAGGGACUCGGCUGAACCUUCCAGCAGCCGCUCUCUUCCUGUGGCCCACCCUGGGCCCCCACCGGCCAACAGCCAGACCCCGGCUCCAGAGCACGACAAGGCAGCAAACAAAAUGCCAUUGGCACAGAAGCCAGCAUUGGCUCCCAAGCCCACCAGUCAGACCCCACCGGCAUCCCCACUUUCCAAACUGAGCAGGCCCUACUUGGUAGAGCUGCUGUCUCGCCGAGCGGGGAGGCCGGACCCAGAGCCAAGUGAGCCGCCCAAGGAGGGCCAGGAGAGCGGUGACCGCCAGCCACCCUUGCCCCCAGGUCCCGAGGAAAGGAAGGGACAGAAGAGGGACGAGGAGGAAGAGGCGACAGAGAGGAAACCCGCUUCCCCACCUCUGCCUGCCGCUCAGCGAGAGAAACCAUCCCAAACACCCGAGGCCGGGAGGAAAGAGAAGCCAAUGCUUCAGAGCAGGCACUCCUUAGAUGGCUCCAAACUUACAGAGAAGGUGGAAACUGCUCAGCCGCUUUGGAUAACAUUAGCACUGCAAAAGCAAAAGGGGUUUCGGGAGCAGCAGGCGACACGGGAGGAGAGGAAGCAAGCCAGAGAGGCCAAACAGGCGGAAAAACUCUCCAAAGAAAAUGUCAGUGUCAGCCCGCAGCCUGGAAGCAGCAGUGUCAGCAGAGCAGGUUCCCUGCACAAGUCCACUGCUCUGCCAGAAGAGAAGAGGCCCGAGACUGCAGUGUCCAGGUUUGAGCGCAGAGAACAGCUGAAAAAGGCCAACACUCUUCCUACCUCUGUGACAGUGGAGAUCUCCGAUUCGGCUCCCCCAGCGCCGCUAGUGAAAGAAGUCACCAAGAGGUUUUCCACCCCGGAUGCUGCCCCCGUGUCAACAGAACCAGCCUGGCUGGCUUUGGCCAAAAGGAAAGCAAAGGCUUGGAGCGACUGUCCACAGAUUAUUAAGUAAAGAGUGACUGUCACCAAUCCCUACUGCCAGUUAUUGGCUCCUCUCUUGCCCUUUUUAUUUAUUUAUUUUUUAUAUGGGGUAAAGAAAUCAAGCUAGGGAAAAGAAGCAUGUUUUAUAGGCUGUAAAAUAAUGUUUAGAAACUGAACUGGUGGUGUUCGUUGUAAAGAGUGGAUUUGCACAACCCUAGGUCCUGGUGCCUUGAGCUCCUCCUAGUUCUCAAGAGAAAAUUCCGUCCACAGGACCACAUGAAGCAAAAUAUCUAAGCUAAGAACUCCUCAUGAGAGCCUGCCCAUGCCCAUUCCAUGGCCUUGCACACACACCCACCCACACACCAUUCAGAAUAUGUACUUUUGCCAACCUUUUGUAAUGGUUUUUUGAUUCUAUGCACUAAUUUUCUUUGUCCAAAACAUUUACUCUACCAUGUGUGGGAAUGUUUAUCCUUUCUGCGGUAAUGGUGAAAGGAUCAUAUCUAGCUAAAAGCGAGAACACCCAUUCUCCUGAAUGCAGUGAGUAACUGGGAAUCACAACAUUCUGGCUCCCAACUGUGCCCAUGUUAGUUUUCAUGAGUUUUCCCCACUCUGAAGCUGUAACACAGAAGGCACAUCCAUUCACAUUUUUACCACACUGUGGAUUCAUAGUGUGAGGCCUCGUUAUUCCAAUACCCUCCUUAAGGACAUGUGAAGCAUUUGGCCCAGCUGGCUCCCAGGGAACAUUUUAAUUUAAUGUAGUGAAGAAAGGCAAUUCUAGAUCAGAGCUACAAGUUUGCUUUCUGUCUCGAGAAUCUCCAUCUAGGGCAGUGGUUGUUACGAUGUGUAGGCUCCCACCCAGGCCUACUCAAUCAGAGCCUGUGCGGACUGGGCCAGGAAUAUGUAUUCUGGCAAAAACGCUUCUUAUCAAUUCUGAUAGAUCCCAAAGGUUAAGAACUUUGAGACAAACACUGAUCCUAAUGUAAUCUAGUUUUUCAGACUUCGAAGGGGAGGCUCAUUCACUCAAAAAGCAACGGUGAGACAGGAAAAAUAAUAAAAACAACCCCCCAAGCCAGCCAUUUAUUACAAGAAACAACAGGUUAUUGACGUUACAUGUUUGAAAAUUCCCUUUGGUCUUUAGGGAAAAUUAACAGGGAGCCAAGAUUUGGAGCCUUUGUAAUAAGGACUUCCUGCAGAAAGUCUUUUCUUUACUAUAAUUGAGUAAUUCAUAUUUAGAGUCAAAUGUCCAGUAGCAUUUCUAAUUUUGAGCAUUCACCUUGCUACCUUUAAAAAACAUCUGAGUUUUAAGUGGCCUUUUUAUUAUCAUACACAUGUGCAUACAAAGAAGGGACUUGGCAGUUUAAAAGCCACAUAUAUUCACUUUUAUUUCCCUAAAUUUACUUUACGUGAAACGUAGACAUACCAGCAAACUCACAUAUUGCUGGUGCUAACCUUGUAUUUCAUAGUGUUGGCAUAUUCCCCUUUUCUUAGAUUCUUACUCCAAAAUAUAGGUACACAGGUACACAUCCUUUGCUCUGUGCAGAGGGAAUUACGUCCUUUUUCCUCACCUACUAAAACGUGCUUUAUUAAGUAUCCAUCAUUACUAUAUGCUCGCUCAAUAUGCAAUGUGCUGUUAUUCUACCAUGUACCUUAAAUAAAGGAUGAUGGCAAAGUUACUUACCA